GACCGGGCCACCGGGCGCGUCCUCGGGUUGCGGAUAGAGGAGGCCCUGUACCAAGGGUUUCUGCUGAAUAUGGUUACAAAGAUAAAUAAGCAGUCGCGGACAAUGGUCCAGGGAUGGUCCCGAAGGAAAAACCCCCAAUUCAAGGUGUUAACUACCGUGCCGAAGGAUGAAUGGUACCAGGGAAUGGUAUCUUAAAACGGUGUCUCUGGGAUACCGGGCAACCUCCCAGAGCAAUAGCGCCUUAUCUCUACAUGCGGGGCUCUGUAGGGACUGACCACAUAUUUCCCUAGCUACUCGUGGGAACAAAAAUGGAUGCUUUAAGAAAUAUACAAAACCCUCAUUGGGAGUUGGAAUCGAUCCCUCCAACAAAUUCAUCUUCUGGGGAGAGGAUGAAAUUUAGGCGAGGAAGAACUAGACUGUCGGGCGCUGCAAGGAAAAGGCUAAAACGCCAAUUGGCGCAAGGCCUCACUCCAAACAUACCCCCUUUAUACGACAGGCCGAGCUUUGACGGGCCGAGCUUUGACAGGCCGAGCUUUGACAGGCCGAGCUUUGACAGGCCGAGCUUUGACGGGUCGAGCCAUGAGAUGGAGCAGGAGAGGUUGUUGCUAAGAAGCCCAAGAGGCCCAACGGUAUUGUGCAGCCAGGCUCGGGAGUGGCUGGAAACUGCCGAAGAAGCUCAGGCGCAUACUUUGGAUCGUAUAAGUGGUAGACUGUUGUUUAGUGAUCCUGCUGGUCAAAUGGAAGAUAGGUUCUUAAGACAACCCAUGAUCCAAGCUGAUAACAGGGAUCUAUACCAGAGAACUAUAGAUAGGUUCUCAAGGGAGCCCAUGCGCGAAGCUAAUGACAGGGAGCUAUUCCAGAGAAGCAGAGAUACGUUUUUAAGGGAAAACAUGCGAGAAGCUGAUGACAGGGAGCUAUACCAGAGAACUAGAGAUACGUUUUUAAGGGAAACCAUGCGCGAAGUUGAUGACAGGGAGCUAUACCAGAGAAUUAGAGAUAGGAGCUUGCUUCAACCUGUACGGGAAACUGACGACAGGGAGCUGUACCAACGAACUAGAGAUAGGGGCUUGCAAGAGCCUGUACGGGAAACUGAUGACAGGGAGCUGUACCAGAGAACUAGAGGUAGGAGCUUGCUUGAAGCUGUACGGGAAACUGAUGGCAGGGAGCUGUACCAGAGAACUAGAGGUAGGGACUUGCAAAACCCUGCGCGCGAAGCUGAUGACAGGGAGCUGUACCAGAGAACUAGAGAUAGGGGCUUGCAAGAGUCUGUACGGGAAACUGAUGAGAGAGAGCUGUACCAGAGAAUUAGAGAUAGGAGCUUGCUUGAACCUGUACGGGAAACUGAUGACAGCGAACUGUACCUGAGAACUAGAGAUAGUGGCGUGCAAGAACCUGUCCGCGAAGCUGAUGACAGAGAACUGUACCAGAGAACUAGAGAUAGGAGCUUGAGUGAACCUAUGCGCGAAGCUUACAUCGGGGGACCAAACCAGGCAUCUAGAGAUAGGGGCUUGCAUGAACCUGUGCGUGAAGAUGGCGUCAAAGGGCCAAACCAGACAACUAGGAAACCAAGAAUUCGAGUAGCGCGCGCUGCAAGGAGAAGGUUAAAACGCCAACUGGCGGGAGGCCCAUCGUCAGAGGAUACUCCAAAGAGACCAAAUUUCCAGAGCAGUUCACCGAAGGAUGCCAGGGAGCAGGAGGUGUUACCAAAAGACCCAACUGACUCGUGCAGUCACAGUUUUGAAACCAACCUGAGAAUGGCUAUCGUUCUCGAGGGUUUCCCGAAGGUCAAACUCAAUUCCGACCAGGCAAAUGCGAUUGAGACAGAGUUGGAGAGAAAAAUAGAUGAGUUGAAGCCAGGCGAGAGAAACCCUCUAUUCGAAGAUUGCCGCUACAAGAACGAUGCUCUCAUCGUCGUCUGUGCUGACGAGGCUACCAGAGGGUGGCUCCAAAAAGCCGUUGGCCAAUUACAGCCUUGGGAGGGAGCUAGGCUCAAGCUGGUCAAUAGCAGGAGACUCCCAAGACCAGUGAAGCUGAUCGCGUGGAUCCCCGGGGCUUUCGUCGAACCAACGGCAGCUCUUAAAAGAAUAGCGGUCCAGAAUCCUACCUUGAGGGCGGAAGGAUGGACUGUUGUUGACGUCAAGGCGAUUAAGAAAGUUACCCAAAUUGUUAUGAUUGCGGAGCCAGGAGUGGCAGAUGCUCUUCGAAAAAUCGACUGCAAGCCGUAUUAUGGUUUGAAGAGGAUCAACAUCAAGAUCCUCAAAAAACCCAAGGAUGUAGAAUAAUCUGCAUCACGGUGAUAAAGGCCAAAGCUGCUGGAAGGAAUCAAGUAACAAGGAUGCACCAUAUGGAAAUUCUCCUAACAACUUAUAUCAAGAAUAUGAAAAAUAUCUAUCUUUUUUAUUUUUAAGACUUUCACUUAUUUUUCUCGUUUGAAGAAGACUUCAAUUAAAAUAUUAUCAAGGACAAAAAAAGUUGUAAUUAAUAUAAAUGAAAUGUUCAACUUAUGUUUUAAUACAUUUUUUUGUUCUUCCGAUAGUAAAACGAUUAUCGACAUUAAGGUAAAAAUAUUUUAUCUACCCAUUUACAAUGUUUUACAAUUUUCAGUUUUACAUAUCACAAUACAUUUCGUAUCAUACACACUUCGAUCGAUAAUUAUUUUUUAAUCGCUAAAUGUCAAUUCUUAAAUACACUUGAAAUUGCCAAUCAAUUAAAAUUUGCAAUUGCAAUAUUAAAAUGUAAAUCAUUAGAAUUUGUGUUAUAUAUUAUCAUUUAUUCAGAAGAAAAACAAUGGAAAAAAUGUAAAAAUUGUUAUAAACGAAUUUGUGUACUCGUUAAUUGUACAGAAAAUGUACAAUCUUGUCACCUAUUGUUAGAAAAUUUCAGAAUAAAGAUUAGGAUACUGUUCAAUUAAUAUUCACCCGAUUUUGCUUUUUGUCUGAUAUCGUAAAAAAAAACUUCGAACAUGUAGUAUUAAUGUAGUGUACGCUGGAUUGUGAAGAAAAAAGAAACAAUAAAAAUAUUCUCCCGAUUA